CGCCACUUUUUGCUUUUUCCCCCAAUUCGUACGUUUCAUAAGUUUACUUUAUUUUUACAAGAGCUUUAACUCUAUAUUGCUUUUGCUGUGUGCCCAAGUCCAUCUCGUGUGGGCUGAAAACAAAGAAUAUUCUUUUGAGUUUGGGUUUAUUCUACUAUGAGUCUAGGAGAGGUAGGGCCUACGUUUACUUCGGUUAAAAAAUUUCAAACUGUUUGUAAACCACCUUCAACUCUUCUUGUUAAAAUCUUGAAUCAGGUAAGCUUUAACAACGCUUCAUACCGGAUUCUGUUACACAUACAUUGAGGUUCAUUGGGGAACCAAAGCUAGAGGUUAAGUUGUAAGAAUGUUACAUGCAGGGGCGGAACAAGCUUUAUAAUAGGAGUAGCCCCCGUUACCCCUUAACGUUCCGGCGGUAGCGUAAAUUUUAGAAAAAUUUGACGUUUUUUCGGUUUCGUUACCCUUUUUUUAAACGUUGCCCCUAUAAUAAUUUUCUAGAUCCGUCACCAGUUACAUGAUAAUACAUGUAACAUAAUUACCAAGCAAGCCUGUUUUUCUUAUCUGAACCAUAGAAAGUUCCUCAGUCCCCAAGGACCUUUUCUUUUGCAUCUUUUUUUUGGGCCAGCAAAUUUGAUAUUUGGUAAAGGAAGAUGAAUUAAAUAAUAAAAAGAGCCUUAAAAUUGUGGGAAUGAUAAUGAGAAAUUCAAGUCUUAAAGUGUCACAAUUCCUGAACCUACCCUGAGUGGGAGCCCUGAGCAGAUACAAGUGGUACCACUGUUUAUUAAAAUUAUCGUAACAGAUAUUUUAUCGGGACCGGGUGUCAGGAAAAAUAUUAGAGUUUUCAAAACACCGUAGUUUUCAUUUCAUAAAAUUGUGGGUGAAAUCCAUAUUUACAAUAAAUGGUAGCAAAAGUCGCUAGGCGCUCACUAGUCGGAUUUAAGAGUACUCGGGAAGUACUCGGCCUGGGCGGAGAUUACUCGGGGAGUAAUUAGCCUAGAGGACCAGUACUCGGGCCUCGGCAGCCUACCUUGUAACGAGUACUCGGGGAGUACUUGGAGCCUAGGCGGGACUUUUACAACAUAGAUUUACAUAAAUUUUCACAAGGAUAAAUCCUUAAUUACAAAACACGUUUUAUUCAGGUUACAUAGCCACUUAUUUAAACUUUGAGUGCCUCAUAGCACUUUUCCCUUCUCUUCACAGUAAAUAACCUGAAACGCGUUUUAAAAACAUGUGAUCAGCGAAAAAUACUGGUGAGUUCAUUCAUUUUGUAUAAAAGGCAUAUUCCUUAUAAAUACAGUAUUAAGGGUUUUUACAUUUGUUUCCAUCUUACAAAAUUACUAUUGGCUAUCCCGUUGUCCAAUAGCAAAGAAACCAUAUUAAUAGUAUUUGUCAUUCGGUGGCAGUUCCUGUGACUGUGGUCAUAUCACUCAUUGGCUAGGUCGUUGUCCAAUAGUGAUGCAUAAUAAGUAAUGUAUACAAAACCCCACAUACUGAUAGUAGUUUCCCAGUAAGAAUACAAAGACUUAAUCAGUGUAAUAUAGGUAACAAUUGGAAAAAAUUUAGGGUUUUGAAAGCAUCUGAUAAAAGAGAAUGACUCACAUUGCAAAUUUAGGGUUUUUAGUAAACGUCUCCUGGUCUAAGUCCUGGGUUCCUAAUUAAACAGACAAUGCAACACAUAUUAGUGUAUUAACCCAUUUCAAACUUUAACGAUAAUCACGAGAUCAAAACCCCAACGUAGAUAACAAAGUAUAGCCUUAUUCAGGCAGCACUUUGACAACCGUUGAUUUGGUUUUGGAUUAAUCGGACAGGGUAUCGUACCAGUGAUCAGGGUUAGAACGCUGAUUACGGAGGAGAGUUUAGGAGUUUUAGGGGUUUGGUUACUCGGACAGCAGAACGAAAGAGAAGGUGUAUCGAUUUUUCAAUCGAAAAGGUGCACUGAGACUCGUCCCACAGCUGCCCUUAUAUAGCCUACCUGGGCUUCCCCCGCGCGUCGCGGAAGAUCACUGGGACAGCCUUGCGAGGCGCGGCAGCUCCUUAUAAGGGAUAGGUCAGCCUCGUCAAGUGUAUAGCCUUGCCACUUGUCGCGAAACGCUGUCACGUGGCUUGGUCCCCCCCCUCGCGUCGCGGGAGAUGCAAAGGUAUCCCCCGCGUGGCGCCUGGGAUGCCAGGUUUCGGAUUCUUCGUUUUCCGCGCUAGGUUUUGUUGUGCAGGUCUGGGGUUUCGAUUACGGUUUUUCAUAAGGUCUUUUUGGAGUUAUUACAUCCUCCUCACCUCGUUUAAAAUCUCGUCCUCGAGAUUCUCUGAAACAAGUAUGGAUAUUUUCGUUUCAUCCUUGAUUCUAAUUCCCAAGUAUAUUCUGGUCCUUGUUUUGAAUCCCAUUUUACUUUGACCAGAACUAAUUUCUUAUGCUUGAGAUUUUUAACCUUCCUAUCUUCGAUUUGGAAAGGUUUCUCAACAAAUUUUAAUUUUUCACUUACAUCUAUAUUUUGAAGAGGUACCAUUAAAGAUUCAUCAGCUAAACAUUUCCUUAGAUUACAUACAUGAAAUGCAUGAUGUACACCAGCCAUUUCUUCUGGUAAUUGUAGCUGAUAGGCUACUGGACCAAUUCGCUUGAUAACCUUAAAUGGUCCAACAUAUCUUGGGUUUAACUUUCCUUUCUUACCGAAUCUGACUACUUAUUUCUAAGGAGAAGCUUUUAACAAUACUUUUGACUCUAACUUGAAAUUCCAAUGGCUUACGUCGAUGAUCAGCAUAGCGCUUUUAACGAUCUCAUGCUGUCUUCAAUCUUUCUUUGACUUGAAUUAUCUUGUUAGUUGUUUCUUGUACAAUCUUAAUACCUGAUAAUUGCUUUUCUCCUAUUUCUGCCCAGCAUAUUGGAGUUCGACACUUUCGUCCAUAAAGUGCUUAAAAUGGAGAAGCAUUAAUGCUUGUAUGAUAACUAUUGGUAUAGAAGAAUUCCGUUAAUGGCUAGUGAUCGUCCCAACUUCCUCCAAAAUCUAUUACACAUGCCCUCAACAUGUCUUCCAAUGUUUGGAUUAUCCUUUCACUCUAUCCAUCUAUUUGAGGGUGAUAAGUUGUACUUAAGUUUAGUCGUGUUCCCAUAGCUUUUUGGAAACUUUUCCAAAAAUGAGAAGUAAAACGACUAUCUCUAUUAGACGCAAUGGAUAAUGGAAUUCCAUGUAAUGAAACUACUUCAUCUACAUAUAGCUUAGCUAGUAUUUCCAUACUAAAGGUUUUCUUGAUUGGUAGAAAAUGAGCUGAAUUGCUUAGUCGAUCCACAAUCACCAGAUUGUGUCGUUACCUUUCCUUGUUUUGGGUAACUUGGUAACAAAAUCCAUUGUUAUCAAUUCCCAUUUCCAUACUGGCAUUUCUAACCGUUGAAAUAAACCUGAAGGUUUCUGAUGCUCAGCUUUAACUUGUGAACAAGUUAAACACUGAGAGACGUAACUAGCUAUAUCUCAAAUCUUGAUACAUCUUGUCACUACAAGGAUGCAUCAUAUACUUAAGACUUAUGAGCUUCUUCUAAAAUUAUAUGGCGUAACUUUCCUUGGAUAUGUACCCAAAUUCUCUUCUUACGGAAUCUCCAAAUUCCAUAUGUUCCUUUUUCUAAUUCCUUCAUUAUUCGUUUUAAUCCUUCAGCGUCAUCCUUGAUUGUUAUUUUCAGUGUACUUUUCAAUUUUUCUAUAAAAUACGAUUAUUUUAAACAAAAAGCGGAUGCGAGAGGGGCACUUGGAUUUACCGGUAUCCAAAAGUGUACGUCGGCUUUACGGAUCCUUGCUUAUGGAAACACUACCGGCAUCAACGAUAAGUAUCUAAAAAUGGCCGAGAAAACAACGCGAGAUAGCUUGGAGCAUUUUUGUCGCGGUAUUAUUGAUGUGUACGAUGCGCGUUAUCUUAGAACGCCCACAUGGGAUGACCUUCAAAAGAUCUAUGAGGUACAUAAUGCGGAGCAUGGUUUGCCUGGUAUAAUCGGGAGCAUAGAUUGCAUGCAUUGGCGUUGGGAUAACUGCCCGACUGCAUGGCGAGGCCAACACACACGGGGUGACCAAAAAGGACCCACUAUUAUUCUUCAGGCGGUUGCUUCACAGGACCUUUGGGUUUGGUCGGCUUACUUUGGCGUGGUCGGGUCAUGCAAUGAUAUCAAUGUUUUUGAACAAUCUCCGUUGUUAGAGGAGUGGAUUUCUGGCAAAGCUCCAAAAGCGUCGUUUUACGCAAAUGGAAACUACUACCCUCAUGGAUAUUAUUUGAGCGACGGAAUUUAUCCUAGGUAUUCGAUUUUCGUGAAGACGUUUAGUGAUCAUAUUGAUGAAAAAAGAGCAUACUUUAAAAAGGUUCAAGAGUCUUCACGAAAAAACAUUGAGAGAUGCUUUGGGGUUCUUAAACAACGCUGGCAAUAUUUGAGAAAUCCUUGUCGUGCAUGGAGCAAGCAAAAAAUAAGAUAUGCUAUGUACGUUUGUAUAAUCAUGCACAACAUGAUUUUGGAAGACGAAGGAAAUGCGAUAUGCCAGAAUUAUAUGCCAGAAGCCGUUCAAGAGGACCAUCCACAGGCGUCAAUGGAAGAAAGAGUGAAUAAUGCGCGAGAGUUGCGUUACGAACCGUACCAUUCCCAGUUAAUGGUUGAUUUGAUACACCACACAUGGUCGGUUCGGCAUGUACCACCUGAGGGAGAGGAAGAAACGGAGGACGAAGUUGACGAGGGUGAAGAAAGCAAAGACGAAAACUAGUGUUUUUUUUUAAUUUAAUCGGAUUUUAAUUUUUUUAUUUCUAGUAUUGUAUUUUUUUUUAAUUUAAUGAAGUAUUUAAAGUUUAAAAAAA